AUGGGCGUAUGCGGCACAGUCUAUGGUGGCCAGCCAGAGCAGGCUGCAGUGAGGAGUCUCGAGCAUAUCAGCUCCACAAUCAGUCUCUUGGCAGUUAGGAACCAACAGCCAAGGCAAGCCUACUAUGGAGCCGUCAACAUAACCUACCUCAACUUCCGUGUGCCUCUUUACAUUCUUAGACCGUUCACCUUUGUCUCAACGCUUGAAACAACCGUCUCCAUUGAGUUAAUGACAAUGCCAACCGUUAUUCGACCAAACGACGUAGUCGUGGGCAAAUUUACAGAAAAGCCAUCCUCAAAACAAGAGUUCUACGAACAUAUGUCUCUCCAGAGUGGUGAUUGUGGGCAAGAUUCGAUCCAAACAUCCGUCUGCAAUGCAGACAGUGACACCAUCGUAGCCUCCAAAAACGGUCACGUAAACACAGUCCUCCGCGCCUGGGAACAACACUUACACCUCGAGCUAAGACCCGAUGACGUCUGGCUAGCCGUCCUCGUCCAGUUCAGCUUCUUCGUCAACGGGCCUGGUCGCGCUGAACUAUUGCGCGAUCGUUUUGUCGCCCAUGAGGGCAAGCAGGACCUCGUCGUCUUCGUCGAACACGGGGCCACCGCUCAAAACAUUGACAUGACAGCGUUGACGGAGAAAUUGGUCGAUCUUGUCAAGGAGCGGAUGGUUGAUGAAACCAUGGCCGACAGGCUACUUCCGACCUUCAGCACAACCUUGCCGAGCGACCGCACGAUUGCGGCCGCCGUGUUUCUCGGGACCAUGAAGCAGUACUUCGCUUACGGCGUUCAGGUCGAGUGUGGAUUUCCCUCCGUCACCCUCCUCGGCGAAUGCAGUGACUGGGCCGACCUCGCGAGGCGUCCUUUUUGCUGGUGGCGAGCCGAUGGGAUGAGGCAGAAGGCGUAUAGCGACGAGGAGUCGCAGCGGGAAUACUCUUGGGCUGAUGAGAAAUGGCAGAGACUGGAGGUAUCCGGGGUUAACGGGUUUCCGGUCAUCGAUCAAAGUGAGAUACCCAUCGGAUUGGCGAGGGUCCCAAUCGCCUUUGGCAAUCAAGUCGUUGGAGAAGAGGGGUUAGGUGCUGAUGGUACGGAGACGAUACUCCUGGCAGGGUCUGGUGGGAUGAAGUUGCUGGACGGUCGGGAGUUGACGAGGGUAGCGCCGUUUUCGAGCUGGUGGCUCUUACAGAGUAAACUGGAGCUACGGGAACGCAGACCCCAAAUUGAACCAAGGCCGAAGGGACUCGUGGAGCGCAAGUCAGGCUUGUAUCAGAAGAAUUCUGGUGGAGUUGUGGUUAAAAGGACAUGGAUGACUAGGGCGUAUGCCAAGUCCCUUGCGAGUUCUCAGCAUAGACUCGUUGCUCGUGCCUCCUAUUUUAUCUCGCUGCUUUCCAGACAGGAAUGGUGA